GGCACGGAGCAGAGGGUUGGGGACGGGUUGGAGGUGUGCAGUGUUCACCGGGAUUAGAUUUUGAAAUUAGUUGUCGUUAGCGGGGUGAGACAGCUAUAGUGGCUUGGCUGUACCACGCGUCCAGUUUAAUAACGAUGUGUGUCCGGAUGAGUAAUGGACGCAAAUAGCAACAUACUAAGGCGCAGUAAUGUGCUGCUAAGUAGUGCCUGUAGGAAAUAUUUUGAACAAAAGGUUCCAAUUAUCAAUAUCUCAUUGCGCCUGCGUAUCAGUGUUACCUAUCCUGAUGCUUGUGCGCUAGUGAAAACAGGCCUUGGUUCUGUAAAAAGGAACUGUAAUUACCUCCAUUCUAGAGUUUACUUGUUGUGGAUUAUCCUCGCAGGGAGUUAUUAAUUACCGGAAAUAGGCCUUAAGCUUUAAUAUUAAAGACCUCACUGAUCCUUUUUGAGACCAGAGAAGUAUCAGAUUCCCACUGAACAGGCUACCCAAGAUGAUUUCUCUCCAAUCAAUUGCAUUGGUUGUCCUGUCCUCCUUGUGCUUUGUGAAUGGAAACUCAGGGAUAUACGGAGACGAAUGCCCCGUUGAGCUCUCUCAGAAGACUUCUCAAGCUUGUCAAAGGAAGCGUUAUCAGCUACUUGAAGCCAAUAAACAACUCUAUCAGUUAGCGCCAUUCAUUGAAGGGGAACCAAUCAGAUUACUGAACAUGACAAUUGAAAAACAACUAGCCGUAUUCAGCAAGCACCCUUUUGAGAUGUGGGAGUUUAACAUCUAUCUGACGAAAACCAAUGGAAGCUACACGAUCUUAAACGAAUGGGCAAAGCUGAACGCAGGACAAGAUAUAGAAAGCUUUGAAGACUUUGUCAAGAUAUACGCUUUCUUCCGUAAAGCGCAAGCGUCAUUUGGGGAUCCAUAUUUCAAAAGUGCAUCUGAUGAAGAACCAUUCCAAGAUAUCAUCAAGUACUGGAUGCGUGACAAGGUGUUCGCUGAGCAACGGCUCGCGGGCGUCAAUCCUAUGACACUGAUGAGAGUUACAACAGAUCGAGACAGUGUUGGUAUCAAAUGGACUAAACUCAAGGAAACUUUAAACCAAGAAUUUGACUGGGAAAACCUUAUUAUCAAUACCCCAAACAUGCCGAAAAUUCCGCUGGAAAAGGCGAUAGCCAGCAGAAUGAUAUUUGUCCUGCGGUAUCCGCUGUUGGAUAACCUGCCUGCCAUGCCUGAUAUCAUGGAAUUCCGUCCUGGUAGAGAAAUGUGGGAUCCCACUUCACCGAUAGCAUUCUUUGCUGUUCAUCCAGACAACCGGUCAAACCUGGUGCCGAUAGCCAUCCAAAUGGACAUCAAGCCUGAUUCCGCAGUCUACACCCCUAAAGACAAAGAUCUCUGGAUGCUGGCCAAACUCAGUGUGCAGAGCGCAGAUGUGGGAUACAAUCAGGUGGCAGAACACCUGGCUAAGACGCAUCUCCUUAUGGAGCCAUUCUGUGUCAGCAAAGACAGACAACUGUCCGAGAGACAUCCACUUCAUCAACUAAUCAAGUAUCACUGCCGAGGAAUCAGUAUAACAGACAAACUGGCAUUCAAACUUCUGCUAGCAGAAAAUGCUUCGCUUCACAGAUUGUUCCCGUAUGGUUAUAGUGGGGCUGUGAGCAUUGCUUUGAGGCAGUUCAGGCUGACGAGUUGGAAAGAUACAGAUUUUCUAAACAAAAUCAAGCAACGUGGAGUGGAACGCAGAUCCCUUCAUUAUUUCCCUUACAGAGACGACGGUUACUUGCUAUACUAUACUAUCCAAAAGGCGGCUCGGGAUUAUGUCAUGCAGUAUUACGAUUGUGAUGAAGAUGUAGCAAAUGACUUUGAGCUUCAAAACUUUAUGAACGAAGUUUCCGCAGAUGGGGAAGGAAGCGAAGGAGGACUGGGAAACGUAAGUUUGAGCCAUCAUAAUUAUUAAUAGGGGGCUUAAGGUGGCUCCAUCGGAUUUUUGAGUAACGAUACCGUUCAACUUUGAGAGACUAGAACAUCGCCAUUAUCAAUCCAAUAGAAAAUCAAACGUUACUGGUGCGCUAGAGAAAGAUGAAAGUUUCAAAUUAGGUAAGUCUUACGGAGGUCUGAGUUACCAUAGCAACGAGAUGACGCAUACGCAUUUUACAUAAGACCG